AUGUUUGAGAAUCGCACCUGGUCCCCUCACGUAUACUCCGAUUCCUGGCAGCGGGUCAAGGGAACUCCUGUUUCCCUAUACGCGGCGUACUACGACGAAAGGGCACCGCAACGCUAUGUGCGAAUUCUUGCCAUUUUUCACGGUCGAAACAUUUCAGCGGGGAAACCAUUAUAUUGUCAAACACGUUCUUUUAACUCUAGUGAAGACUCAAUUGAAGUGGUUGCAGCAAAACCUUUGGAAAUGUGGUGGCACGAAUGGGAUACUGCUUCAAGUACAGUGGAGACACCAUUCUUACUCUCCUGUCCAUUAACAGAUAGUCUAUAUGACCUGUCUGUAGUGUCUAUCGUUACUGAACCCUGCGAAGAUCCUGGUAAUGCAUUUGUAUUAAAACCCCAAAAGAAACUAACUGAAUACAAACGAACAUUUACAAUAUGCGUUAAAGAUAUGAAUUUCAAUAAGAAUAUGGCCCAAAACCUAAUAGAGUGGAUUGAAACCAACAAGAUACUAGGCGUUGACCUUAUUGACGUAUACAUUGAUGAAAUAAGCGAGGAGACUCAAAAUGUCCUAUUAAGAUAUAAAGAUCAAGGAAAUUUAGCAGAAUCAGAGUAUAUUGUACCGUUAGAUGUAGAUGAAAUACUGCUGCCAAAAAUAGCUUUUAAUUUGUCAGAAUUGCUGAGACGUUUAAGAAAAUUUGGUUGGAACCCAAAAAAAUAUUCAUCAAUUUUAGUUCAAAAUGUUUUCUUUUUUGAUUUUAUGCAAGGAGUGCAUAAAUAUAAAUUCUUUAAAAAUGUUUUUAACAAGAGUAAGAUGUAUGUCAAACGAGAUAAUGUACGAAUUAACGAAGCGAUCAAUAUGGAUGUAGAAAAAAUAGAAUUAGAAGAUGAUUCUAAUACUUUAACUAUGACUGAAUUAGAUAAUUUAGAUAAAGAAAAUUUAAACAAAUACGGAAUUAAGUGUAAAAGGAAAAUUCCUAUUCCCAAAUUAUCACAAAAUAUUAUUCGCUCAGCGUUAGUGAGUCCCGUUGGUUAUUAUAGUAAAAGUAUGAUGCUAACAAGAAGAGUAUUAACUGCAUUUAAUCACUACCCUUUAACAAACCUUGGAAUGACAGGUUUCGCCGGAUGGUCGGCCCCAUUCAGCGAAGUGCAGCUCAAUCAUUAUAAAGAGUCGUGCAACACGACCAUGGUGGCAGAGUGCGUGAGGUAUGGACAACGGACUCGAGUAGAUCGCUCUGCACUGCGACUGCAUCCUCGGCUAACUCAGGCCCUCGCUUCUGCACUUUGCCAUAAAAUAAAAACGUUUUAA